CAUUCCAUCUGCAUGAUGACACCACAUCCCACCGCUUCACUGCCUUUUCCUUUUUCUUUCUUUUUUUUUUUCUCUAAAAUUGUAUUUUGAGGACAACCGAAAGUAGAACGUGUUCUGGGAGUGGCUGUAUAUGAUCUACUCAGUGGCCAAAGUGGGGAGAACAGCAGAAGGGGGAAGACAGAGCGUCUGCUGCUGAAGGGAGCAAAGACUGAGGGCUGCAGGAUGAAGACCUCUGGAGCCUGUAUACUGCUGUGUCUUUUAGCACUUUCUUUGUCCCCAGCUGACUGGUAUCCAUGGGUGGUACACGGGCAAGAACUGGAAACUGUAACUGGUGAUCUUAACACUGACUUUCUCAUCAGCACCUCUGCUGCAGCUGUAACACCACCUGUCCUUCUUAGCCCUGUUCAAUCUGACACUGAAACUACAACGGCUGCAUCAGAUUGUCGUGAAGAGCAGUUCCCUUGCACUCGCCUCUAUUCUGUUCAUAAACCAGUGAAGCAGUGUAUCAGCUACCUCUGUGUUACCAGUGUGCGUCGCAUGUACAUAAUAAACAAGGAGGUGUGCUCUCGCAUUGUCUGCAAGGAGAAUGAGGUCAUGCAAGAUGAGAUCUGUCGCCAGCUGGCUGGCCUUCCUUCUCGACGUCUCCGCCGCUCUGGGCAGCCCCUGAACCUCCCUUGCAGACAACUCCUGGACCAGCAGCGCAGAAGGCCUGAUGCUCUGUAAGCUACCAAUAGUAGAAGAGAAGAAGGAAGGGAAAGAAGAGAAAUCAUCAUCCACCCAGAAAAUCCACUGUGUACAACCCAAGUCCCACUUGCCUGUGGUGAUUCCCCACCAUUUCCUUGCUGCUCUGCCUUCCCCCACAUCCUCUUCUUCAGGUACUGCAGUACACAGAGUCCCUCUCUCCUAUUCUGUCGUGGUGGCUGCUGUCACCCGCUACAUCUGUUGCUGAUGAUGUGGCAUGCUCCCUUUUCUCCCAAACUCUAUUUUGCAGGCCAUGAUCAGCUCAUUUCCCAGGGGUCCUUAUAACUGUGCUGCAUCUUCUCUUGCUUUACCCCUGCAGAGAGACCAGAACGGGGACAGGAUGUAGUCCUCUCCUGUUGUACAGAUGCCCUAAGCUGAGUCUCAGGUGGAGGAGCACAAGCCUUUAUGCCCUAGGACUCUUGGCCUAGGUUUCUUGCAUGGCAUCAGUAUGAGUUCUGAUAUACUUAAUCAUCCUUAGCCUCUCCAAUCCUCCUGAACCACUGAGUUUGCAGUGCGGUAGCACAGUGGUAGCUUUCUCCUGUGUCUCCUGGCCUCAGAGAAGUGAAAGGACUGGGAACUGAGCUGUCCUCAAUCCAAGACAAACCUCAUUGUCCCUGUAUGGCAGCAGUUCAUUUAUAACUACCUCUGGGAAGUUCUUUGUCUCAAACCCAUUGCCUCUUUCACACAAAAAUAUUACCAAAAAGAAGAAUUCUGGAGUUCAUAUGGUAUAAUAUUUUUUCUCAAUAAGAAAAGGAGAUUAUGUUGAAACAACAUGCUUCCUCUCCUCCCUCCUCUCCUCUUCUACAUUUUAUUCUUCCCCUGCCAUUAAAUAAAUCUCUUGAUGCCCAUUCCAGGCAAAUUCCAGGGAGUAGGAAAUAGGGUGGCCUCAGCUUCUAAGCCCAGGAGAGCUCAAGAAGAAUGUGUGUGUCCUGCCAGAACUAGGAACUUGAUUCUUCUGGGCUGAAGGACAGGGCAGGAGGCAAUGAAUUAGCUUGUCCUGGUGACUUGUCUUGGUCUGACUAACUCCACCCUCUCCAGUUGCUGAGUCCGCUUUCAGUACCUCCAUUUGAGUUCCCACCUUCUGACAUUGGAGCUCCUGCACAAAGCAGAAAGGAGUCACAAACUGGGAAGGAAUGUGGGAGAAAAACCAUUGUCUGGGACCCUUGGGUUUACCUGUAGGUUCUGUGGCUGUGCUGUCCUGCACAGAGCCAGGUGCUGGUGGGGAGGUGGGCAUAUCUGCAGAUAAUAGAGAAUAAACACAGGAGAAGAGCUGGGAGAAGAGUUCAUUCUUCUAGCACUGGAUAUCUGGUCUGCUGGAGGACUUUGUUUUCCAGAUAUAUGGGCAUUUUUACUAUGAGAUUGGAUAGGGUAAGUGGGGAAGAACAGAGCUGUCUGAAGUGUCUUAAUCACUCUGCGUGACUCACAGUGGCAUGAUCACCCAUUCUGUGGGGCACCUCAGCUGAGCAGCUUAGCUCACCACUGCAGAAGGCGGGCUGAGCCCUGUUUGUAGGAUCUCUGACAAGCGUUUUUCCCAGCUCUAACAGAAAACCAGUUUGCUAGAAUAGGCAUUCAGCUCCUUCAUAUAAUACACCCUCCUGCAGAAUUUGGCAUUCAGCUUUACAGGAACAGCAGUCUGCUACACAGAGACAGAGUAAUACAAUACAGGGGGCAGUUUGCUGUGCAGAGGCAGAAUUCAGUUAUUUAAGAGCAGAACAAUGAAUGUAAGAGCCUCUCCAUAAAACUCAGAUUUCUGCUGUAUGCAGCAAGAGGCUGUGUUACAUCCUCUAUGUAGAGAAAGAUACCCCUGUGCAGAGGCAGAUUUGUUCUAUGUAAGGACAAGAUUGGCCACAGAUAGGCUAAAUUUCUCUGUAUCAAUCCAUUAUACAGGAGAAAGAACUCCAAGUUAUGCAGUGACUGGAAUUCCAUCCUAUACAUAGGGGCAUAGUGCUCCUACACAGAGAACAGUGCUGCUCUUGAGGACUUGAAACUCAUGAGACUAGGGGUGGAGGAGGAAUUUCUUUACACUGAGAAUAUGCAAUAUCCCUGUAAAGAGGAGGGCACUGCAAGCUUGAUCUCAAAGCCAUUCAAGUCACUGGCAGCCACUAACUUCUAUGGUGAGAGCCUUGUGGAGCUUGUCUGUGUGGAGCAAGGUAGGGUGGAGAUGAGAUAUUAGGAGCUCUUGGAAAUUGGGCUAGACCAAGUCUCCGCUCUGUACUUAGGGUUGAAUAUAAGCUUAUAUAGAUAUAGAUAUAUAACUGUAUAACAUAGCUACUGUACAGUAUAUAGAAAUUUAUCUUUCAUACAGUUUGGAGAAUGGUUAGAAAUCUUUCUGCUGCUUGCUUCCAGCAGAGACAGCAAGAGGCAUUCCUUCCCAGGAGAACACUGUUUUAAUGCUAGAGUCCAUAUAAUGCACACAGAAAUUAUUAAAAGAAAAUUUAUUUCCUGUUGUUACUGGCAACUCUCAUGUGUUUGGGUUUAUUUGUCUCUAGCUGUAUUUCCUCCAGAUUUGUGGGCAGACUUGACUGCAGCCUGAAUCUAUACUCCUUGCUAGCUAGUCCUGGGCUGCCAUCCCCUGCUUCACUCCUGGAUCACAGGCCUUUCUGGGAGACUAUUAUUUUUUCUAGAGUUACAGAUAAUUGCCCUCAGCAUUUUCUUUUCCAGGGGUGGUUGUGCUAGGUUUUCCAAACAGUUGAUAGCUGCUGAGCAUAGGGAUAACUCCUCCUAGCCCAUGAGAUUCAUGCUGAGAACACAUCUCGCUGAGGAUGUGCCCUGCCUUUCUGGUGGAGAAUUACCAUCUCCAAGUAAGAUGGAAAGAUGACUGAAGUAAAACAAAAGCUGUGAUACGUCAUCUCAUAACUGAAGAAGAAGUUAUUCAGUAGAGCUCAGAAAUAAUGAUAACUGAAAAAUCCACUGACCGCAUUAAAAAUUAUACAUCUAGGUCAAGAGGAUUAUGAAAAACUGAGCUGCAUUUAGAUGGCAUUUCUAGAACAAAAGUGGCUGUGGCCCAAAUUACCUUUAAACUGCUUCUAACAGUGGCCUAUAGUUCUUCAGGAUUGAAGCAUGCAACGGACCUCAUUGCACAACACUAUCCCUUAGAAUCAGUGUUUCUUCCUGGCUAAUGCUGCUGCGUUCCUAUCUCAGAGUAGUAUAAUAAUAACAGCCUCAGUCAGACUGGCCAUAGAUGUUGCUCCCAUUCACACAUGCCUGAUCCUGCUUUGACUCAUGAGUUCUUGUAAUGUCCUGGUAUCAGCACAUUCCACAGGCUGUGUGAGCAGAGCACAACAUGUUAUCUGGUUUAACACCGUUGUCUUUUUCAGUUUAUUCAUCCCUUCUCUUAUGGUACUGAAGGCCACAGAGAGUCUUCCUCAUCUUCAUUAGCAUUUAUCCCGUGUAUUGAUUUAAAUCCUUCACCAUUCCAACCUCAACAAUCUUGGUGCUGAACUUCCUAUCUCUGGACAUUUCCCAUUCUCAGUACCCUGCUUGUGGUGCCUUCUCUUGUAAACUGGGGAAAUAGUUUUAAACACAGUUCCAGCUAGGUCUAUUUCUUAUAAGGUGUAGCUAGCUACAAAGAAUGGUGCCAGAGUCCUAUUUUAGAAGUGUGACCUAGAGUUCAUGGUUGAUUUUCAUAAACUUUUCUAACUUGGAGCUGAAGUUACAUGGCCUUCAAGUCACUUCCCACACAAGGACUGUUUUUGCUCAUUUUACUGUCACCCUUCCUGGUUACCGAUCAGUGUUGUCAGUUUCAAGGCUGCUGCAGCCAGUGCUCUUGUGCCUGGCCCCCAGUCUGAAGUGGUACCUUGCUUUGCUAGGCAUAGGGAGCUGGAGUUCCCCCCCUGAAUGGGAGCCAAUGACACAGAGAGGUGCUGCACCCAGAAAGCAAGGGGAGUUCAGCCCUCCCAUUUCUUCUCCUCUUCUUUGCUCUCCACCUUUAUUUCUCACAUCCUCUUCUCAGUCUUUCUUCUCUGUUCACAUGUUCAUCUCAGAGGAACAAGGUGAGGAGGACUGAGGUGGGGUGGAUGCUCAACGAGGUGGCAUACAGCAGCCCCAGGUGGGAUUGGGAGUAGUGCUUGGCCCAUGCCAGCACUCCUUUUAUCUUGCACUCUGGUUCUCAUGCACUGUGGCUCUCUAAGCUGUAAAGCUCAGGGGAUUUUCCAAAGGGAAGGACGUGGCCAGUCAGAGCAGAGAUGGGAGAAUAUCAGUAUAGGUCACUUAUGCACAGUGAUGGUGUGUGUUAAGGGGUAGGCUCCAGGUUACACGAGCAAAGUAGGAAAGGAGGGAAGUAUUUACCACCAACAUAUUCCACCCUUUGCUAUGCCACUGCUCAGCUCUUGCUGUGGGAAACCACAAGGAGGCUGUUGGAAAUGGCUGCCACGUCACAUGGAAGCUUCAUGUUGCAUAGAUCUUAUGCACAAGAACCCAGAGUGUGGACAAAGUGUGUUGUCAUCAGGUCUCUCAGCUUGGAGGGUUUCCUAAAGAGCAUGCUGCUGACUAGGGAAUGGGCUAGUCCUUCACAGAGGGGAGAGAUGCCUGCAAUCCAUCCAAGAAGAGCACCUCCAUUACAUAAAGAAUAGCUUUAUUGACAUCACAAAGGACUUUAGAUUUUUAAGGUGCGUGAUUCCAUAACAUUUACUCCUGCUUCACAUGGUCUGACAUUGUUUGACCAACUGAGAAUUGCAUUGAGUGUGCAAUUCUCCUUAUGUGUCCAGUAGUGAACAGUGCCUUUGAUAGGGGCAAAGGAGAUCUGAACUCUGCUUCUGUAUCUGCUCUUCACCUUCCUGCUCUGUGAUCUUCAGCAUAUUGCCUCAUUUCUCUCUGUUUCCUCCCAUCCUUUGUCCUUUUAAUUGUAACAAGCUGGAAUAAAACCCCACAAAAUAAAGAGUUAGAUUUUAGUCCUUUAAGGAAAACUAUUAAAAAACAUGUUUGAAAUGACAAGAAUGAAUACAAUUGUCUAUUUUUGCUAUUAACCUAUUUUUUUCCAAAUAAAAAUGUUUAAAACCAAUGUAAAUGAAAUCAGUUAAAAUGCAAGCUGCAUGUACUUGCUGCCAGUGUGUUGAAGUGUCUCAAACAACUGAACUGGUGAAAGUUAUCAGCAGAGCAGAGCUUGUAAAUACUCUUUUCAGAAUGCUGUUUUGAGCAUUUUAAUAAGAUUUCAAUUUCCAUCCAAAUACAACUUGUCACAAAUUAGACAUUAACAAAAAGCUGUAAAAAAUAAACAUAUGUAAUUCAAUGUGUCUAAAUAAUAAAAAAGGCAGAACUCACCUGCUUAAAUGUAAGAAUAAAUGUACAUGAAACUGUACAUUUUCUGAAAUAAAUGUCUAUAUCGAGAUAGUAUACCUUCCCAGUUAGGAUCAUAGAUAAAAUUAUGUGGAAGUUAGCGAACAGGUAACUUCAAAGUUAAUUAGGACCUUAUCCAGUUGAGUUUUGAAAAAUCUCCAAGUCCACGACCUCCCUAGUUGCCUGUUCCAGUGCUGCAUCACACUUAAGAAGGAGUAUAUUUUCCUUACGUCAAAUCAGAAAUUCCUUUGUUGCAGCUUGUGUCUAUUGCCUCUUCUCCUUUUGCUGUGUCCUCUGAGGAGAGUCUGGCUCCAUCUUUCUUGCAAUCCAGUUAUAGAUAGUGGAAGAAAAUAGCAGAAAGGAACAUCAUAGUUCAUAUGAUGCUUAUGUUUAAUUGCAAAUCAAGGAAUUUAAAAGAUUAUUAAUUAAGUUUAUGUUCCUUUGGGGAAAUUGCAAAAAAAAAAAAAAAGAAAGAAAAUCAAUGGUUCAAUUCAUGGAUGUACACACAGUUUCCCUGGGGCAGGGACUCUGCAUGUGCUCAUACAGCAUCUCUCUUAAGAAGAGUUUUCCUCUACUUGCUUACUUCUUCUUGCAUUAUUACCUGCUUAACCUUAGCCACUUUGAAUUUCUAUGCCUUGAUUGUGCCAGCCCUGGGUUUCACUACUGGGCUCUUCACUGCCUUUUGAGGCCUGUCAGCUUUCAUCUUCUUCAGGCUCUUGAUUGCUUUCUUGGCCACAGUGGCUGCCAGUUUCUUGGCUUUCCUUGGGAUCUUCACAGCCACAGCUAUCCCAGGCUUCUUGGCUGUGCCGAUCAUCGGUCAGGUGCUCCUUGAUCUUCACUGCUUUCAUAGCACCUUCACCUUGGCUUUUUGCUGAGCUUAAAGGAGCCAGAAGCACCAAGUUCUCUUGUGCUUUUCCUGUCCAGCGGGCUCCAGAGCCCCAGCCUGGUGCAGCUGUUGUUCUUCUUUAUUCCACAGUUUCCACUUUUUCAGAGUGGUGAGGUUGAGUUCUUCUGUGCUCCUGGGAAUCAGUCAUUGCCUUCAUACUCAAUCAGCUUAGUCACCCUGGUGACUGGAGGCUUGCAGGAUUUGGAUCCUUUUCUCACCUUCUUUGGCUUCUUAGCAGGUGUCUUAGAGGCAGGGGCAGCAGUGGCAGGUGCACCA